AGUAGAAGUAGAAGUACUCAGAUCUUGUACUUGAGAAGUAGUACUCAGAUGUUGUACUCCAGUAGAAGUAGAAGUAGAAGUACACAGAUCCAGAGGGGCGGUAUUGCACCUUUAAGCUUGAGGCCGCAGUAGCACCGGAAGCAGAAGGUUUGUUUUGGUUUGUUAGCAGUUAGCAGUUAGCAGUUAGCUGUCAUCAUGUCGGCCACAGAGGACGACACGGAGCUGCGGGACCUUCUGAUCCAGAACCUGGAGAACAACGGUCUGCUCAACAAGCUCAAGGCAGAGAUGAGGGCAGCUGUGUUCCUGGCCAUGGAGGAGCAGGACAAACUGGAGAACAAGACUCCCCUGGUGAACGAGAACCUGAAGAGAUGUCUGAACACAAAAGAUGGCCGUCUGGUGGCCGCUCUGAUCCUGGACUUCCUGCAGGUGUUUCACCUGGACUUCAGCCUGGCCGUGUUCCAGCCUGAGAUCAACUCUGUGAGUGGGGGGGUGAGCCGGGAGCAGCUGUGCAGAGACCUGGGUCUGGGGGAGAACGAGGGGAACAGGAAGAGCCCUCUGCUGCUGGAGCUGGUGAAGAGAGGCCGGCACAAAGGGAGCCAGGUGUUGCAGGACUCUGAGGACAGGAGCCCCCCCCCGGCCGGCAGAAAGGCGGAGAAGGGCUCUGUGGGAGGAGGAGACGUCCGGCAGGAGGAGGAGGAGGAGGAAGAUGAAGAAGAUGAAGAUGACCACGAGGACGACGGAGACUCGUUCUUCGACGACCCGAUGCCAAAACCCCAGAAGACCUACGGCUGCCGGACGUCUCCAGCGGGAGAGAAGGCCUCAGAGCGGACCAGCAGUCAGAAACAGCAGGAGGAGGCGUUCGGGGCCAGAGGGAGUCCAGCGGGGUCCCUGUCGGAGGCCCAGAGACCUGGAGGCGCCUCGGAGAGCAGAGGGAACG